AUUUUGUGAAUAUUCAGUCGUCGUGUGCCGGUUUCUAAGUUUUUGAGUAUCAUUUUCUCUUUCAAACCUCAGUUUAUUUAAAAAAAGUUAAACAAGAUGCAUCCUGAAGCGACAUUAACUCUUAUACAAAUAUUAGAAAAGACUAUAUCACCAGACAGAAAUGAGUUGGAAGCAGCAGAGAAAUACUUGGACCAUGCAGCAGCUACAAACUUCACAACCUUUAUCAAAAUGCUAUCAGAUGUAUUGGUUCAAGGAGGUAACAGCCAAGUGGCAAGAAUGGCUGCAGGAUUACAGCUCAAAAACCACCUUACCUCUAAAGAUCCCACAAUGAAACAACAGUAUCAACAAAGAUGGCUUGCACUUCCAGAAGAUAUAAGACUCUAUAUAAAAAAGAAUAUACUAGCAGCUAUAGGAACAGAAAAUAGUAGACCCAGUUCAGCAGCUCAGUGUGUAGCAUAUGUAGCAGUUGCUGAAUUAGCAGUUGGUCAAUGGAAUGAUUUGAUUCCCAUGCUUGUAGAAAAUGUUGUAAAUGCACAAUCAACAGAGUUGAAAAAAGAAGCGACUUUAGAAGCAAUUGGUUACAUCUGUCAAGAAAUUGAUGCAGAAGUUUUAACAGAACAAAGCAACCCAAUUUUAACUGCUAUCAUCCAUGGGAUGCGGUCUACUGAACCUAGUAAUCAUGUUCGCCUUGCUGCAACACAAGCACUGCUCAACUCUCUAGAAUUUACCAAAGCAAACUUUGACAAAGAAAAUGAAAGAAACUUUAUAAUGGAAGUAGUAUGUGAAGCAACACAGUCCAGUGACAUGAGAAUCAGUGUUGCUGCUCUUCAGUGUUUGGUCAAAAUUUUGUCUUUAUAUUAUCAAUAUAUGGAACCAUAUAUGGGACAAGCUUUGUUUCCAAUCACUUUAGAGGCUAUGAAAUCUGACAUAGAUGAAAUCUCUCUUCAAGGCAUUGAAUUUUGGUCUAAUGUAAGUGAUGAAGAGAUUGAUCUAGCAAUUGAGGAAGCAGAAGCAGCUGAUGCUGGUCGACCACCAGUCAGAACUUCAAGAUUCUAUGCCAGAGGAGCUUUACAAUACCUUGCCCCUGUUCUUAUGCAGAAAUUAACAAAACAGGAUGACUCAGAUGAUGAAUUAGAAUGGAAUCCAUCUAAAGCUGCAUCAGUUUGCUUAAUGCUGCUAUCAAAUUGCUGUGAAGAUGAAAUUGUACCACAUGUACUGCCCUUCAUCAAUUCUAAUAUUAAAAACGAAAAUUGGAGAUAUAGAGAAGCUGCCUUAAUGGCAUUUGGUUCUAUACUUGGUGGCUUAGAAGCAACGAGUCUCAAACCCUUGGUUGAAAAUGCAAUGCCAACUUUGAUUGAUGCUAUGUAUGAUACCAGUGUUGCUGUAAGAGACACAGCUGCCUGGACAUUUGGCAGAAUAUGUGAAAUUGUCCCAGAAGCAGCCAUCAAUGACACUUAUCUCAAACCAUUAUUAGAAAGUCUUGUAAAUGGUUUGAAAGCAGAACCACGAGUAGCAGCUAAUGUUUGCUGGGCUUUUACUGGAUUAGCAGAAGCAGCAUAUGAAGCAGCAGAUAGUGACGACACCAAUCAACCAAAAACAUACUGUAUGUCAACAUACUUUGAUUUUAUUGUCCAGCGGCUCUUGGAAACUACUGACCGCCAAGAUGCAGCCCAGCAUAAUUUAAGAUCUGCUGCUUAUGAAGCACUCAUGGAAAUGGUUAAAAACUCUCCUAGUGAUUGUUAUGUCACAGUUCAAAAAACAACAAUGGUUAUAUUAGAAAGACUACAACAAGUCUUGCAAAUGGAAAACCAUAUUUCAAGCCAAGCUGACCGCUCUCAGUUUAAUGAUCUACAAAGUCUUUUGUGUGCUACUUUACAAUCGGUAUUACGCAAAGUCACUCCCGAAGAUGCGCCUCAGAUAUCUGAUGCUAUCAUGACUGCUCUUUUGACAAUGUUUGCUGGAAAUGCUGGCAAGGCUGGAGGUGUACAAGAAGAUGCUCUUAUGGCAGUGUCUACUCUUGUUGAAGUUCUAGGUGAAGGUUUUCUAAAAUAUAUGGAUGCUUUUAAGCGAUAUCUCUAUGUUGGUCUUAAAAAUCAUCAAGAAUACCAAGUAUGUGUUGCUGCCGUUGGAGUCACAGGAGAUAUUUGUAGAGCUCUAAGAAGUAAGGUGCUACCCUAUUGUGACGAAAUAAUUUAUCUCUUGUUGGAGAAUCUUGGUGAUCCUUCAAUCCAUCGUUCAGUCAAGCCACAGAUUUUGUCAGUAUUUGGAGAUAUUGCUCUUAGUAUUGGCCCUGAUUUUGCCAAAUAUUUCGAUGUUGUCAUGCAAAUGUUGCUGCAGGCCAGCAAUGCCCAAGUUGACCGCAAUGAUUAUGAUAUGGUAGAAUAUUUGGGUGAACUUCGAGAAAGUGUCCUGGAAGCUUACACCGGCAUCAUACAAGGAUUAAAGGGUGUGGACGGUGAGGUUCGGUCGGACGUCGCAUUGGUGGAGCCUCACGUGCCAGCCAUCGUGAACUUCAUGAUCCAAGUGGCGUGCGAGCCGGAGCGUACAGACGGCCACAUGUCCGCGAUCGCGGGCCUCACCGGUGACCUCUGCACGGUGUUCGGCGCGCGCAUGCUGCCGCUGCUCGAGACGCACCCGCUGCUGGACCUGCUGCAGGCGGCGAGGCGCUCGCGCACACCCCGCACCAAGGCGCUGGCCAACUGGGCCACUAAGGAGAUACGCAGGCUCAAGCAGCAGACGCCGCUCACUAGCUGAUUUGAAACUUCAUGGUACCGCACUGAUGUAACGCAAAUUCAAACAACUUAUUGCUGGUAAUUUAAAAUGCAUUAUAUUGGCAGGUCGUGAUUACAUGAGGUAACACUUAUGUCAUUUUGUUAACCUUAUGGCGUUAGGUGCAUUUAUUUUCUUGCUCAAUGCUUCUCUAAUAGAAUAUUACUGAUUUGUUUAAUCAAAAUUAUUUUUGUCUCAUAAAAUAAUUCAACGGAAUCAUUACGAUUUAAACCAAUGUAAAUUUCUGCAUAUUGGAAAAUUAUCUGAUGAUUGUAUGAUAUAAUUUUAAUAUUUAUGAUUUAAUAAUAUUAAAUCGAUGCACCUACUGCAUAGUUAAAAACUAUAAAAUUGCCUGGCCAUAAUUAUCUCACAAUAAUCUUAAAUAAAAAAGCAUUUUUUCCUAUUUGGUAUUAUAAAUACAGACAGUGGCUGUGGUAUCUUUACUUAUAUGAAAUAAAAGUGAUAUUAUGGAAGAUGAUAGUAUGAAAGUUGAAGUAUGUUAAUUUAGGCAUGCACAUGUGCAAGGGACUGUGAAUUUUAUAAAUUAUUAUUCUUUCGUAAGAUGUAUGAAAGGUUGAAAUGUUCGAAUAAGUAUGAUCGGUUGAUGCGUGCUUGAUUAUUGCAGAUAUUUUGUAAACUUAGGCAUGUGUUAAUGUUGUUGAAAGUCGGUGUAAUGUAUAAGAUUCCGUCAACAUUGUAAGAGACGAAGGACGCCAUAUUGGUGAUUAUUGCUUUCUAUUCAUCACAAUUAAUUUGAUCGUGUGCGUUACUAUACAUAAUGGUUUCCGUUUCGUUUUAUUACACAUUAACAUUCGCUGGUCGUUCUAAUAAUGUUAUAUUUUUUGUUUACUAAUUCCACUAUGUAUUGUCUACUUUUCGUCUCAGAUUUAUGUGAUGAACAGAAAGUUAUGCCUUCUAAUCUCAUCGUUGCGUUAUUUGUACAUAUGUAAUUAAAAGUUCUUUUCCAAUGUUAAUAGAGCGGCAAUUAAUUAUUGACCAUACUAUAGUUAUAAUGUGUAAAAUUAAAUGAUUUUUAUAAGGUACACAAACAUUACAGUAUCUACAUUGUAAAAAAAAAUACACUUAAUUCUGAAUUAUUGAAAUUCCAGCAUGAAUCUCCAAUUUGAUAUUGAUGUUAAUGAUGGUGCUUACUGUGAAGUCCCACUAUUUUAAAUAAAGAUAUAGGACUGAAGUUUUGGGUCUACAUAUAGACUAUCCCAAACGUGGAUUUUUAUGAGAGCAUUGAUCUAGCGAAACUAACUGCCUGCAUCACAGUAACACAAAAUACAGUUAAGAGCUAGUAAAACUUCAUUCCGAAUUAUAUUAAGAAAAGUUUUGUAAUGGUAAUUUUUGUUUGCAAAUUAUCCAAUGAUAAUAAAUGCUGUGCCAUUAAAUUUUGUAAACUUAACAUAUGUAAUUUGAAUCCGUCAAUAACCAUUAAGGAAAUUAUAAAAAAAAAAUAUCAGAACGAAAUCAAUUUGCACUUACGUAUAUUAAGAUGGUUAUUAAACAAAAUAUACAUUACAGUGGUGAAGGACCUUAAAUAUUUGACAGCAAUAAAUAUUUUGAAUCUGUAACUGAGUGUCUGCUAGUCUGUGAGCAUCACUGACAGGGAUGAUGUUUGCGCGAAUUAUGCAAGAUUUUUUAUGAGAUGUGUAUUAAUACUUAUCUGGUCUGUGUUACUGCAUAAAUGGAAGUGUUUAUAUAUUUUAUGUACACAUUUUAAAGGUAAUUUUGGAAGUUAAGUAUUAAUAGUUUUAUCAGAAUUCCGAAACAUGUAUGUACUCUAUUUUUAGUAUGAUAGGAGGAGUAUGUGUGAGGACUAGUGCCAUGCCAUGAAAGGUUCUGAUUUAGAAUCAUAGGCAUCCAGUCGAUGAAUACCACCCACUUUUCCUGCGCGAAUCAAAAAUCAACAAUCAUUUUGUUAACUUACUAGUUUUUGGUUUGACUACUAUUACUGAUUACUAUGUAAACUGUUCUAUGGUAAUAAAACAUUUAGAAGUUAUACAACUUGUUU